AUGGGACGCAUUUAUCUUUCCCGAUUUCGUGAAUUUGCAGAGGCCGCUGACACAGCCGGCCUACAAGCAGUUGAUCGCUGGCGUGUGGAUCAGCAAGCAGAGUGGGAUAGAUUGUCGAACACGCUCGCAUUCCUCGCCACUAUGAAUGCGGCUAUUCUCGCGAUUUCACCACCCGCACCCCCUCUCGCUUUCUCUGUUUGGCUAGGAGCAGCUGGGCUGAGCGUUUGUGGUCUUUUCAUUGUUCAGUACUUCCCUAUCCAGGCAUUCUCUAUUUCGGACGAGGACAUGGGAGAGCUAGUGAAAGGCGGUGAUUACAUCAACUCAGCUUUGCUUGCGAUUGCAGUUGCCAGCCCUGUCAUAUUCGCCCUCUGGUCAUCUAUUCUUUUUGCUGUUGGAAUCGCCGAUUACAUUAUUGAGAAUCAUCGUGGCCAACCGCAAUACAUGCUGCUAUCGCUUGUACCAGUCGCUAUCGGAUUCACAGCGAGCGCAGCCGUCAUGGCCAUCGGCAGCGUAAUCUCACGGCGUGUUCGCGUAGGUGAUUUGUCGAUAAUGUUAUUAUUUGUUUGA